AACUUCUUUCUUUCCCUCCAACUUGCAAUCUAGGGGCUGUUUUACAACUGGAAACCAAGGCAUCACAAUGUAGCUGCUUCCUGUUUUUCAUUACCUUACCCUCAGCCACCAGCCAGCCCUUCCUUCCCUAGGGCUUAGCAGGAAGCAUACCAGCCUAAACAGGAAUUACUUGCAGCAUAUAAUAGCCUUACGGAUAAACACCUGGCUGGAUAUUUUAACAAUACAAGAAUAAGGCGGCAUCUCUUAAGAUCAGGGCUGAUCACAAGAAGUGGAAGAAUACUUUCUGAAAAGGAAUACAAACUAAAUAUCAUGAGGAGGGAUCACCAGAAAUAUAUCCGGGAGUGCUUGGCCCAGGCGAUUUUCCAUAAGGUUCUUGAUCUGGAGCGUUACCAUCAGCUUGAAAUUAAGAAGAAGCUGGAGACCUUAGCUAGGAAGGAGCGAAUGCAGAGAUUUAAGGGAGAGCACAUGAGAUGGACUAUAGAGAAUAACAGGCCAGUCCUGUCUCCCCGCCCCCCAGUUGGCCCAAAGACUAACCAAGGCCAUAGUGUUCUGGUUGAUGGAGGACAUUGUGGCCCAGUAACACCGCUUGGUUACAGAUCCUCUAAAUUUGACUCCCGACCUCCAGGUGCCACCGAGAUGAAGACAACUCCUCGACCAUACACUGCCCCGGGAAAUAUGCAGCCUCCAAUUCGAUUACAACCUCUUCCCAGUAAUAUUGCAGUAGGAACUGUUCCAAAGAUAACUUCGGGGUCCAGAUCAAAAACCUCACUGCUGGAAAAUGAAGCUCCGUUUCCCAUUGGGGGCAAGAAGGCAGUGAUGAAGUUCAGGAGCGCUGUGGACAAUUCCCAGGGAAUGCAUCGAUAUCAACCUCCGAACAUUAACAGUUACAUGAUGCCUAUUCCGCCUCCUCCUCCUGCCCCCAGUGGAAGACUCGCAAGGGAAAACAGACCUGAAACGUGGAGAAGGAGAAGAUUCCGUCCAACCACUGCUCCAAAUGGCUUAGAACCUCUCUUUACCAGGGAUUCAAGAAGGAUUCAUAAAACACCACUGCAUAGUAAUGCAGCUAUUACAAUGAUCUAUUUGGGGAAAAAUGUGCACCUAGCUUAUGAUCACUCAGACUUCCGUGAUGAAAUAAAAGUUUAUCAGCAGCACUGUGGUGGGGAAAACCUGUGCGUCUACAAAGGCAAGCUACUUGAAAAAGAGACCUUCCAGUUUAUUUCCAAAAGGCACCACGGUUUCCCCUUCAGUCUCACCUUUUUCCUGAAUGGGAUACAGGUGAACAGGUUAAGUUCCUGCUGUGAAUAUAAGCAUCGAAAAGGUUCCAGACUUGGAGGCAAACGAGGCUACUUUGGGUUUGUGUGUGUCGAGAGAUCGUCUCCUUGCUACAAGUGCAUUAUUGCAAUGGGCCUUGACAAGAAAACAACCUCACCAAAACCGAGGAAAGAGAAGAGUAUUGAGAGAAGAGAGGAACCGAAGAAAGGUGAAGGGAAACUGAGGAAGGAGAGAGAGUACCUGAUACCAAGAAGGAAAGAGACGGAAGGGAGCAAAGCCUCUGCUUCCGUCAUUUUUUCAGCUCAAGAACUAAACAUGGGGGUCGACGAAGUGAGAACCGCUGUGGAAGAAAUGGAACGGAAAGGGGAACAAGGGCAAGAUGCUUGGGAAGAAGACCGAGAAAACAUACUUAAAUACGAAUAUGAAGAAGAUUUCGAAGUUGAGGAGAAACGAGAUGAGACAGCUAAUGAAGGCGGACAGGCGGACGGUCGAACGAGUGGAAUGUCAGAGCCACCCUCAGAUGAUGAAACGGGUCUCUUAGACCCUGAGAAGGAGAGCGAAACCUCGUCGCCGAAGGCACCAGAUGCUGACGACAACGUGAAAGAUGAAGAUAUAAAAACUACUUCAUCGCCCUCAUCCAGAAGUCACACGUAUUCUAGUUGCAGUGAAGAUGAAUCUUCGGUGGGGGACAGGGAAGACCAUGCCCGAAACAGUCCAAAUGAAAGUGCCAGAAGCUUGUCCUCUCAGGAGUUGAGUGAAAAUGAUGAGCUGGAGAAAUUCCACCUUCCAACUGAGGAUUCCCUAGAAACUGAAACUGAAGAGCAAGAAAUCAUAAAAGCAGAGGUGGAGACCAAGCCUCUGCCAAUACAGGAGAACUUGAAGAGUGGUCUUGAAGAAGAAACGGAGAAAGGAACCCAGGUGAUUGCAGAAGGCUUAUCUGAGAAGUCCAGGGAUCGUGUUUCCAAGGAAGAAAAGGAGAAGGAGAGGAGUAAACUUUGGGAAGGAAGCACUGCUAAGGUGAAGGGCAAAGAGGCGGGUCCCCGCAGGGUGGAUAAAGGCGUUGGACGGGUAACGACGGCCGAAGCUGUGGAGCCUGACCACCCCUGCCGCUAUGACUCUGAGUCUGGUGUGAGCAGUGCAGACGAAGGAGAGACGCGCUCAGGGAAGCUGGAGGCUGGCACAGGUGCAGCACCAAAUAGGAAUUUAGUGGUGGAGGAAAGGGCGGCAUUCAGCUCAAACAAGGAAUCCAAGCAAGUUGUGUCACAGGCGUGUACACUGGAGAAGAAGGAAGCGGUGGAGGAAGAUGAAGUUCCCCAACCCAGGGAUGCUGACCCAGAAGAAAUAGGGGACAUGGUGCAGUGGGAGAAAGCAGGGGCUAGUGAGAGUCCCCUGGGGCAGUGGAAGCCAACAGCAGAGCUGCCAGGAUUAGUAGAACAGUUUAUAGAGGAAAGAGAGAUCCCUGAGGGCAGGGCAGGUGGGGCUGAGGCGGAAGCAGAGGGGCAUGGAAGGCUGGAUAAAGAGGGGUUAAGCCCCAGAGGGCGAGAAGCAGCAAGAGGCUCUGGAGGCCUGGAGCAAGGGGCGGCCCCUGAGGAGCAGGCGUGGAGGCAGACAGCGCUGGAGACGGAGAAGGCAGCUUCUGAAGGGGAGCAGGUUUGGGGGAAGGCCGUGCUCACAAGCGAGGCAGCAGCAAUGACCUUAGAGCCUGUCCAGGAGGCAGCAGCCCCCAGAGAGGCAGCAAGGCCGGAGAAAGAGGAGUCUGAGAGAGGGGAGGCUGUGAGUGAGGCCGGGUCUGAAAAGCCAGGUGUGGAGGACAGCGAAGAGGAAGUGUCCACAGACCUAGAGGACGUGGGACCCGUGGAAGACGCUGCAUCCGAGAGAGAGGAUGGUUUAGAAGAGGCAGUACUCAGGGGGGAGGCACCAGCCAGAGAGAGGAAGGCCGUUAGGGGCACGGGAGCACCUGGGAGCUCCUGGACCUGCGGGAAAGCCCAGGCAACUCGGAUGGGCGUUUCGGAGCACAGCCUGGAAGAACUUCGUAAGGAUGAUGUGGGAAGGGAGGAGGCUCGGCCCGCGGCAGAAUCUAGCAAGGAGGAUGACGGGGAAGACCUGUUACCCGAGGAAUUAGACGUAGCAGGGGAGAGGAGGAAAGCUGAGAGGCCGAAAACGCCGCGGGGGAGAGUGGAACCUGAGAGAGAAGAGGUGACCUGGGCCCGGGAGCUUCAGGAUGGAGGCACUUUAGAAGGAGAGCAAAAGUUGAAAGGGAAAGAAGGGGGACCCGCGAAGGAAGCAGGACCCGAGGAGGCGACGCAGCCCCCCCGGGAUGGAGUAGGAUGUCACCCUGCGGAUGAAGCAGCCCCCGGGGCACCUGAACGAACGGAAGACACACGGCCCCAAGGUGAAGAGCCACUGGGAGGGAGAGAGGCGACCAUGUUUGAAGCAGCCCCUGGAUGUGAAAACGUCAUGGUUCUGAGGAAAGAGGGAGAAGGGGACAGACUGGGAGGAGCCCCAGGCGCAGAGCGCAGAGGCAGAGCAGAGCCGCUCUCCGGGGAGAACGAGGCCCCCGCACAGCGGGACGGGGGGCCGGGCCCGGAAGCGGGGGGCGCCCUCGGAGCCCCCGGAAGCCCGCCCGCAGGGGAGGCGCGGGCGCCUCCGGCCGCGCUCACGGCUGCAGACCAGGCCCGGGGGUGUGCGGCCGAAGGUGCAGACGGCCUGGCGGGCCGGGAGGGGACGGAUGAAGAAGGGCCUUCGCAGGGGCCAGGCGGAGUGGCGGUCACAGCGAGGACCCAAGAUGUGCUCCAGGGAGAUACCACGAUGGCAGACACGUUGAGUGAAGAAGUGACGGAUGCGCAUCUCGGGGAGGAGGCGGAUAAAGAGUGCCCUCUGGGGACAGGGGUGAUGAAGGACGGGGACGCAGAGCGCGCCGGGAGCUUGCGAGCAGCAGUUGUGGCUGAGGAAGGUCUCGGAGCAGGAGGAGUGGCAGAAACGGUCGCAGAGAGGGAGGCGCUGGCAGAUUCCACGACAGCCGAGGGCAAAACAGAAGCAAGUACAGCCUCCUUUUCAGAUGUUGCUGGGGAAGAAACUUGGCACAAAGUGGGUGAGUUGCUAGGAAAAACGGCAGCUGCAGGGAAGGCGGCUGCAGAGGAAGCAGCGCUGGGCAGGGAGCAGGCGCCAGCGGUGGAGGAGGUGACAGGGACUUGGGCUCCGGAGGCUGAGGUCGAGGCUCCAGGGGAGCCUUCAGACCUGGAAGAAAAGACCCCACAGCCUUGGCCGGAUCAAGAGGGAGGGGAGGCUGAAAGCACACAGGGGGCAGAGUCGCUGGGAGAGGAGGCAGGGAAGGGGAGCCGUGCUGGCGGGCAGGAGAGGGGUGCAGCUGAAGAAUUCAGACUAGGAUUAUCCCAAGACAGCAGGGCAGAGCCCGGGAGAGAGAGUCGGCAGGACAUGGAAACACACCCUGCAAAGCCCGAUUGUCCAGGAACCCAAGAGAAGCAAAGAGAAAGUGAGAACCCAGAUGUUUCCCUGAACGACAACAGGAAGGCCUAAGAGACCUUGGCUGAUGGAUAUUUUCAAGAUGUCUUCUGGAAGACUUAAAGAGCAGAGAAGGAUUCACCUGAGCAUGAGCAUCUCUCCUGGACUUUAGAUUUUAAUCUUAGGGAAAAAAAAACCCCUGUGCUUGUCUAGGCCGUUUCCCAAUCUGCCAGUGCUGGUCUGCAGCACAGUGAGCCCCUUGAGAAGAUUUGUGCAGACCCUCAUUGGGGCACAGGCUCCUAAGGAAGCACUGCGAGGCUGCUACGUAUUCAGCAUAGUUAACAUGUCUGUGUUCAAAUCAAAUUGAUAGUUUUCAAAUGUUUGACUUUUACCAAAGAGUACCUGAAAGGCUCAGUCCUGACAUCUAGGGUUUGUUUAAAUUCCUUUUUAUUUAUAAUCAUAUAUUAGUCCCAGUUUCAUUCAUGAGAGUUUUAUUUAAAAAUCUGUAGUUUUGUCUGUGAAAAGUCCUUCUACAUACUAAAGAUUGCUCCAGACCUGUGAGUCUUUCCAGAAAAGGAUUCCAUGGCAUGUCUACUCACUUACAGUUAGAAAUAGUCAUUCUUUCUGUCUGUGCCAGAUGACUAAUUCUAAGUGUUAAUCUUUUGUCUUUGUGUGUUUCCAUAGUCUUGCCUUCUGAGGUAGACUGGUAAAUGUUUGUGGCACUUCACCCCUGGGCACCUUAUUUAUGCGGCCACUCAAACUUAAAUCAACAUAGUCAAUAAUUCAGCUGAGUAAAAUGAGUAACAGUCAUUAUAGCAGGUAAACAUUGCACAUCAGCCCAGAUGCCAACAUUCUAGACUCUAGGCUCUUUGGCUGAUGUCAUUCAAUGGAAAAGAAACUUGGAUUAAGUUAGCAUGCUACUCACCUUCCCGAGUUCUGUUAUUUCAAACCUGUAAAUUAACCUUGCAUUGCGUUGCAAAACAACAGUCACAAUCAUUUUCCAAAUCACCCCCUCCCCCGUAUCACCAGGAGUAGUUGUGCAUCAGUGCGCCUGUGGGAUUUUGAUUUCCUUGUGACAUCAUUGUUCCUAUACCAGUACCCGAAGGGCACGUCUAUUUGGCCAUCUUUUCUUCACGUGAGGAAGUGAAAGAAGAUAUUCUAAAGCAGUGAUUCUCCAGUCACACUACACAUUAGCCUUUCAUGGGGCACUUUAAUGAUUGAUUCAACCCCUGGCCCCACCCCAGGAAUUUGGAUCUGAUUAGUUUUAGAUGGGUGUAAGCCAUCAGUUUUUGUUUUGUUUUGUUUUUUCAUUCUUCAGUUGAUUCUACUGUGCAGCCAAAAUUGAGAACCGCUGCCCUGAUCAUUAAUACCAUCCAUGCUGGCUGCCGUAUGUCCCUAGGGACUCUGUAUUAGCUAUAUAGGCCUGUUUCAUUUUAAUAAAUAAAGGAGUCAUUCAACGAUUGAAGCUAUAAUGGACCAGUGGUUCUCAAAAUGUGGUCCCUUGAUUAGAAUAUCAGCAUCAUCUAGCACUUGUCCAAAUACAAAUUCCUGCCCUCAUCCCGUACCUAUUAAAUUAGAAACCCUGUGCGUGGGGCCUAGCAAUUGGUGAUUUAACAAGCCCUCUGGGUAAUGCUGAUGUACACUAUGGUCUGAAAACUGCUGUCACGGACUAUUGAUUAUUUUGAGGAUUAGUCUCAGCAGAAAAUGGAUUGCAGAAGUGUACACUUUCUGUCUCUCUCCAUCCGUCUCUUUGUCUCUCUUUUUCAUUUUUCUCUGAGAGGUGGUACUCACUAUAAAAGUGAUGACCUCAACUUUAAACUCAUUUUCAUCGUGACAGUAAUGACGUAUGUAUGAAUUCCUUCAGCCCCAACCCCUGCUGAGGACGAGCAUCACUCACGGCACAUCACAGAGCUCUGUUAUCUGUCUUCUGUUUUAUGAGUGGAUUUCAUCUACAUUAGAUCCAACUUCAUUUAUUACUGAGCUGCAUUAAUGGAGUUCUACAGUAUUUUUUCGCUGAUCUCAACCUCAUUGCUACAAUGCACUUUGAAUACAUAGCACCUUACGGGAAAGAUUGUAAACUUAUUAAUUCUAUUGAAGAAUGAGUUUUGUACAAUGUGUUAAAUGGAAAUUGCAUUGGAUUAUUCUUAUAUUUAACAUAUUCUAUCAAAACAUUCUGUAAAAUAAUUCUACAAUCUGCAUGCGAGUUUAUGUGAAAUUCAGUGUUGUGAUAUUUUCGUGAAGUGAAUUCUUUCUCUGCAAAUACUAUGUUGAUGAAACUA